CUUUAGUGGAAAUCUUAUUCAAGCUCAAGUUGCUGCCGUGGCUCUGUUCUACGAACAGGUGAUACCACAGAUCCUUUAUAGGAAAAAAUGGUCAUUCAAUUAUGAAUGGAUAGUCCACAUCAAAUAGAUAAGUGCAAGUGCAAGCUGAAUGAUCGAUGUUGCAAAAAUAUUCCAUGGUUCGGUGCAGGAUCCUUUAAUUAUUUGCUAUCAGUGAAUAGACAUUGUACAAGAUGUCUAAUAGUUUGGACAGCUUUUUAACCCGUAUCGGAGAUGUUACUAUAGAACGUGUUAACCCUCGUGGCAGUCCCAGAGCAUCCGAUCAAGCUGGAGUUUCAACCGAAACUCCUCCGACUACGAAUGCCAAUGACAUCGAGCAACAACUUGUUAACGAUGACAGCUCGGACGAUUCGAGUGGGGAAACGUCCGAGGGGGAGCAAGAAAAGAAAGUUGAAUCCUUGCCAGCUGAUGAGAUAGAAGAAAUUCGUUCCGAGUGUUCAGGGGAUGACAUGGAUUUAGAUGAAACUAUAGACACCCAAAUAGGAGUAAGGAUGGAGUCCGAACAAGAACAAACAAAUUCUCCAACGCAGGACGACGACAUUGAAGCGGUUAACAUUUUGGAUACACUGCCAUUAGAAGGGGCGCCGAUAGAAGGCCAAGAGGUAACCGAGGCUGACCUUCUCGGUAAGCCGAUUUCCAAGGAAAUGGACGACGCGGAUCGCGAGGACAACGACAACAAGUCGGAGAGUCAAUCCGGAGAUGAGAAAGAGGGAGAGGGUAACAAGAGGCGCGCGGAUUCCGAGAACUCGGAGUCCGCGAAGAAGAAGCAGAAGAAAGACGACAGUAACGAGGGCUCCGCUUCCGAAUGCGAGACGAAGGCCGAGAAGAAGCUGGCCAACAUGAGGAGGAACAUUCGCGAGGUCAUGGACGAGGCUCAGUUGGAUGAGGCCACCCUGGCCGCCCAGCGCCAGGAAAUGGAGCGUCUCCGGAGGGUCCAAGAACAGCAAAGGAUCAUCCGGGAGGUCCAGAGGCAGAUUGCCAUCAAUCGACAGAACAAUAAAACCCAGACUCGCGUGAUUAGCCUUCUACAGGGAAAGCAGAACCAGGCGGGUACGACCAUCUCGCCGUCUUCCUCCUCGUCGUCCCAGGUGCGGUUGCCUAGCACGGUGCUCCUGAAGGUAAACUCUAGCUCCGGGUCCGGUUCGCAAACCGGGUCGGGUAUGCAAUCCAGCCAGCUCCAAAGGCGACAGAUGGACGGAGUUCGCUGGCAAAAGGGAAGAGGUGGCUACCAGGGGGUCCAGACGUCGAUCUCGCGAGUUCAGCAACGCGGCGCGGGGGCGAACAUGCUGCAACAGAGGAUUCGCAUGAUGACCCCGUCCGUCAGUAUUUCACCGGUAGUACCCAAGAAAGAACCGAUCGACAGGUCCGAGUAUUACUCGGAUUCCGACUUGUCCGACGUGGAGGCCGACGAGGCCUUGCGAGAGAAACAGCUGCACACCAUGCGCAAGGUGUCGGGUAUGCCGAAACCUCAGAAACCGGCCAAAGGGAAGGACGUGGUCACCAUAUCCAGCUCCAGCGAGAGCUCCGAUGACGAUUGCAUAGUCUUGAGCGACCCCAGCGGCGGGGAAGAGACCGACAACGAUGACGACCCCUCGAACUCCGGGAUGCACACCAACGAUCGGUACAAUGUUCCUGACGAGCACGGGCGGGUGCUGAUUAACGUGGGACACCCCGAAACCGAGCCCGAUGUCUACUUGGCUCCUCAGGUCGCGCGCAUCAUCAAGCCCCAUCAGAUCGGCGGCAUUCGUUUCCUCUAUGACAAUAUCGUGGAGAGCAUCGAGAGAUUCAAGACCAGCUCUGGCUUCGGAUGCAUCCUCGCUCACAGCAUGGGCCUAGGUAAGACUCUGCAGGUCGUCAGCUUUUGUGACAUUUUUUUUCGGUGCACACCCGCCAAGACGGUCCUCUGCAUCAUGCCCAUCAACACCCUGCAAAACUGGCUGGCCGAGUUUAACAUGUGGCUGCCGUUCGAGGACACUAACGCCGAAAAACCGGAGAAGCUGUUCAACAUCAAGACCGAGCCCGGGUUGGAUACCAAACAGGAGAUCAAGGAGGAGACGGGAAGCCAAAGCGACAUGUCGAACAUGUCCAGACCAAUUAGUACGGAGUCCGCUCAUCGUUUAGGCCAGGAUAACAUGCUUCAGCCGUCCAGCAUGAUGGACCAUCCGUUCUCUCAUCACGGUUAUGAUGGGCACGGUAUGGUGCCCAAUUAUGGUGUCCAGGACAACAUGAUGAAUAAAACAGGCAUGGACCAGGGCUCCCACUUGAGUCAGUCCUAUCACGGCGAUAUCUCUCAAAAUUCCAUGUAUGGUCCCACGGGAAAUACCAUGACCAGCUUCGACCCCAUGAAGCCGGAAGUUGAUUGUCACGGCUUGCCAACCGGACCGAACAUCCCUGGCUCUAACUUCAGGGUGGAGAACCACGCAUCGGGGCAAUCGGCCUAUUCGGGACUGCAGAAUAGAUCACAAGGUCCGAUGUAUCCUGAUGUAGAUAACAGGACACCGGGAUCGAUGUACACAGGAGUGCAACCGGGAAUGGAUAAUCCCGCGGGACCGUUGUAUCCUGGCUUUGGGAACGCUCCUUCAGCGCCAACUUCGCAGCCGUUCUCUAGUUUUAAUCCGAACUCCGAGUCUCAGUCCCAGUCACAGCUCCAAUCGCAGCAACAGUCUCAGUCUCAGCCUCCCUUUCAGGGCCAGCUUCAACCCCAGCUUCAGCCUCAAUCUCAAAUUCAACCUCGACCGCCAAGUCAACCGCAGCCUCAGAGCCAACCUCAACCUCAAGGACAACCUCAGGCCCAGAGUCAACCUCAGUCUCAAGAGCAGAAACCGGAGCUCGGUCAUGUUCCCGACAUCAACAUUAAGAAGGAACCCGAGGACUCGGUCAAGAAGGAGGAAUGCAAUCCUUCCAAAGAUGCUGCUGCGGAGGAGAAGAAGGACGUGGACAGGAUAAAGACCCCCUUCAGCGUGGACGCUCCGAUAGGGAUGGAGAUUCGGCCUCGCCAUUUUCGGCUGCACAUUCUGAACGACUCGCACAAGACCAUGGCUGCCAGGGCCAGGGUUAUCCAGGACUGGCAGAACAGGGGAGGAGUUCUGCUGAUUGGGUACGAACUGUACCGACAGUUGUCCCUGAAGAAGCCCAACAAGGCGAAGAGGAAGCGCGGCCAGCCCUUCAAGGACACCGUCGACGUGGAGGAAGAGGACAAGAACAAGGGACUUUUGGACGAGAUGCACACCGCCCUCGUCAGUCCCGGGCCAGAUCUGGUGAUCUGCGAUGAGGGUCAUCGCAUCAAGAACUCCCAUGCUAGCAUCAGUCUCGCCCUGAAGCAGAUGCGCACCAAACGUAGGAUCGUACUAACUGGGUAUCCGCUGCAGAAUAAUUUGCUGGAGUACUGGUGCAUGGUGGACUUUGUCAGGCCGAAUUAUCUGGGUACCAAGAGCGAGUUUUGUAACAUGUUCGAGAGGCCCAUCCAAAAUGGACAGUGCAUCGACUCGACUCCGCAGGAUAUCAGGUUGAUGAGGUACAGAGCUCACGUGCUACAUGCCUUAUUGGAAGGAUUCGUCCAGCGCAGGUCGCACUCCGUGCUGCAGGUGUCCCUGCCUAGGAAGGAGGAGUAUAUCCUCCUCGUCAGGAUGACUGCGCAUCAGCGCAAGCUGUACGACACGUUCAUGAACCAGGUGGUGAAGACGCGAGCGGUGCCGAACCCUCUGAAGGCGUUCGCGGUCUGCUGUAAAAUAUGGAACCAUCCCGAUAUUCUGUACCAUUUCCUGCGGAAACGCCAGGCCAACGAGGAGGACGACCUGGACCUUGAAGAGACCAUCGGCGAGAAGCCGGCGCCUGGCGCGAAACGUACCAAAGCUCGACAACCAAAAGGGGAGACCAAGAAGGGCAAAAAGGCGAACGCUACUGUAAAGAAUAAGCCAGCUGCCAGUGUCCAGCCGAACUCCUCGUCGUCGUCCAGUAAUGACAAUCCGGAUGGCGAGAAUGCCCACGGUAAUUCGAAAUCGGGCAAUUACUCGAACUAUCCCAUGCAAAUGCCGAACUCGGCCUAUCCGAACCCGGUCUCGCAAGGGCCGUACUCCCACAGUUAUCAGAACUAUCGGCCGAACGACCAGAAUAGUUACUACCGCAGCGACAGUUCCCAUGGAGAGUACGGGGAUUUUUAUAACAAUCAAGGCCAACAAUCGAGAUAUGGAAAUCAAUCUUUCCAGCCGUACUCUCAGACUCCUGGGUACAAUUCCACGCAGGGAUAUCCUAACCAGCCGCAGGGGUAUCUUCCCAGUGGGGACCAGUCCGGAAGCCAUCCGCAGAGGUACACAUCCGGUUCCGGUGGUGCCGACUUUAGGCCGGACCAGGCCGAGGGGAACACUUACGAAACUCCUGGAAUAUAUCCGCGACAGUCGUAUCCGUAUCAGGAGCAAAGCCGAACCUAUCCACCGAACCUAAACCAGGGUCCGAAUUAUCCCCAGUCUCAAGCGUUUCAGAACCAGAUGGCGAAUCCGACCGGCAACAUGGCGAUGUCGGAUUACUCUCCCUAUCCUGCUGCGAAUCAGUCUCAGACGUACGGAUCGACUUCCAGCCAAGCUGGACAGAUCUAUCCUCGACCGGAUGGCCAGCCGAUGCAGACCUCUAAUUUGGGGUACUCCUCGAGCCAGCAGAGUCAGUCAUCCUCUGCUCAGACCUCCUCAUCGGGGUACCUGCCCUCCCAGCAGGCGGGAAAUCCGCCACCUGCGAGACAAAACCGCGGUUUCUCGCCGAAUCGUCAGAGCCAGAACACUCCUCUUCCCAGUCCUGGUCACAUAUAUCCGACCUCUCAGCAGGGUUCAAACGUGCCCUUGCAGAAUCCACCUCAUGGAUAUUCUGCGAAUCAGGUGGGCCAAGGCUCCUCGUCGCAGACCUCGACUCUGGGAUACGGAGCCAACCAGUCGACUGGGAACCCCAUGUCUCAGUCUCAGACUCACGGAUACAUAUCUAAUCCCCGGAGCCAGACUCCAGCUGCGCAAAGUCAGAUGCGAGGGUACUCCGGCAGCUCAGGGAGCCAAAGUAGCACCGCUCAGAGCCAGUCUUCAGGGUACGCGUCGUCUCAGCAAGGCUCCAACGCCAGUUCUCAGGGCCAGUCCCAUGGAUACUCGCCCGAUCAGCCGGCUUCUACAACCUCGACGCAGAAUCCCAUUCAUGGAUAUCCUCAAGGCCACCUGGUACCCCCAACGACGCCCCAGAGUCAGACAUCCUCGUACCCCAGCACUCCUCAACCGCAGACCCCUGCUCUGCCAGGUCAGCCCCAUGGCUAUCCCAGCGGCCAGUCCUCGCAGUCUUCGUCGCAGAGUGCUUCUCACAGAUAUUCCAGUUCUCAGCAGGGACAGAACUCCAUAACCCAGAACUCGCCCCUGAAUUAUCCCUCUUCCCAGCAGGGGCAGUCUGCGCCGAUUAACCAGCCGGACCAGAUAUAUCCGAGGUCGGAUUCCCAAUCGACCCAGAACUAUACCCCUUCUAGUACACCUCAUGAAUAUCCUCCUGAUAGGCAGACCAGCGGUUCUACGACCAAUCCGACCAACUACUCGACCACUCCGACACCUGCUGGAAACUCUGGACUGCCGAAUUACCAAUCGGAGGCGAAUCAUCAGACCCCGUUCAAGGGACCCGAUGAUCCUUACUGGCAGAGGAACUAUCCGCAGUCCUUCAGGCAGGAUCAGUGUAACGAGUCGUACUACAGGGAUCCCAGCACUGGUCGAUAUCAGAACAACUACUUCCCCUCGCAGAAUUACUCUAAUCAGUCUUACGAGUACUCAGGUAAUCGUGGGUCAGAUAUCAAUGCCAGGCCGGAUGAGUCCAAGACCCCGCAAUCUGGGUCUGGUACUCAUGCGCAAGGCCAGGGUAAUUACGAGAAGAAUAACAAGGAUACCGGCACUAGUAUCGGGGUGCAGAGUCAAGCAGUCGGGCAGAACAAUAUCCCUGCAGGUACAGGGUACAAUGGUACCGAGUCAGGGUCUCAGACCAACAUGUCCGGGUCUCAGGCCCAGAUGGGGUCCAUGAACAGAUCCGGACAGGGGGUCGGGAACUAUCAGACAGGAAAUUCGAGGUCCAAUCAGGUGGAGGCGGUCAAGGAGGAGGACAGGGAAAAGGAGGAAUUGCUGGAUAAGGAGAAGGAGGAUAAAUCAGACGACGAGAUCCUUACCAAGGAUGACGAAAAGGACCCGAAGAGCUCCCCUGGGAGCAAGGAGGAUCCGGGUAUACCGUAUGACUGGGCGACGGAGCUGAUGAAGGGCUACGUACCAGGACUGAUCGACGCGUCCGCGAAGAUGACCCUUUUCUUCUGCAUCCUGGAAGAAGCGAUUCGCCUGGGUGACCGAGUCCUCGCGUUCUCGCAAUCUCUGUUCACCCUGAACCUCAUCGAGGACUUCCUCGCCAGGAACAACCUGAAGUACCCGGACGGCCAGACGGACGCCUGGGUGAAGAACAUAAAUUAUUACAGGCUCGACGGCAGUACCAGCGCGUUAGAAAGAGAGAAGCUGAUCAACGAGUUCAACAACAAUCCCAAGAUCCACUUGUUCCUGGUCUCGACCAGAGCUGGGUCUCUGGGCAUCAACCUGGUGGGCGCGAACCGGGCGAUCGUCUUCGACGCUUCUUGGAACCCUUGCCACGACACCCAGGCAGUUUGCAGGGUCUAUCGGUACGGCCAGCAAAAACCGUGCUUUGUCUACAGACUGGUGACAGACAAUUGUCUCGAGAGGAAGAUCUACGACAGACAGAUCAGCAAACAAGGCAUGGCUGACAGGGUCGUGGAUCAAUGCAAUCCGGACGCGCAUCUUUCCCUUAAGGAGGCCACCACGUUGUCCUGGGACUGGGAGGAGGAUAGCCAAGUGCAGGAUUUUUCCCAGUCUAAGGAUAGCUAUACCGACGAAGUGAUGCAUCGCGUUCUGGAGAGGCACUCCUCUCUCCUCACCAAACAGCCCUUCCAUCACGAGAGUCUUCUCGUCGAUCGCAAGGACAAGAAGCUGAGCCAGGCCGAGAAACGUCUCGCUCGUCGCGGGUAUGAACUCGAGAAGAUGGCUGCUACUUGCUCCAGGCCUAGUUACAGCUACGUACCUGGAAAUACGGCGACUAGAGCAGGUGGACUGCAAAUAAGAGCAAUAAGAGGAGCAGACGGUGGAGCCAAUCCGAAACCCGUAGCUUCGGUUAGGCCCAUGCAACAACGAGGUGCCGAAGGUUUAGGUCCGAGAGGAGUGGCUGGAAGUAGAUGGAUUCCCGCAGAGGUUUGGCAGAGGCAGGGCAUGAGUGCCCAGGAGAUGACUCUGCCUUUGGAUGUGGUGAUUCCCACCAACUCGCCGGAUAAAGGCAGCAUCGUGCUCAAGGCUGGUCAACGAGUGAUGGUCCUGAAGAGUCCGAAAGGGAUCUACAUGCAGCUCGAGUCCGGCAAGAUCAUAGCUAUCCGUACUGCACUUAAAUUGAAUCAACAGAAGCGUGAUGAGGAACCAAAGAAAGGAUUAUCAUCCUUAGGCCAGAGGAACUCCAAGCCCGAGGUCAGCUUCCCCCUGAGGAACAACUCCGCGAUCUCCAUUAUACCGAAAUCAUCCUCGAGUACCCAAAAUCGUCCCCUUGGUAGACCCGGAAGCGGUCCCGGGUACAGACCUUUCGCGGACAAGGAGGCAUCUCGGAGGCCAAAGCCAGUAGCCACGGCCACCGCAAAGCCGUACAUGAGUCAAGUCAGUCUGACCAACCAGGUGUCCCUGUCUCGGCUGCCCAAGGUGAAGCAAGAGCCCGUUGACAACUCCUCCCUCGGAGAGAACUCGAACUCGUCGGAUGGCCAGGUGCGCCCAGAGCAGAGAGUCGAAGAGGUCCGACUAGAGGACGUGGUGGCCGAGGUCAGCUCGAACUCGGAGUACAGCCCAUCGACGAUAAAUCGACCAACCACUGGGGAAGCGGACCCAGGGUUGCAGAAGUCCUCCGAAGAGAGACCCCAGGGGUACACCUCCGACAGCGUGACCAACCCUCCCAGCGAGCCAUCUCAGCCCGAGUCGGAGACGUUCUCCAAGCCGGAUAAGGAGUGUUCUCCGGCGGAACCAAAGGAGCCGAGGAAGACCGACUCGCUCACCAGCUUCGAGCAGAACUUUUCGAGCCGAAAAGACAAGGAUGACACCCCGGGAAUGAGUCCGGCCGACGACAUCAUCAUCGAGGAGCCUCAACAGCCGGCUCCGCCGCCACCUCCGCCCGCCCCCGUGCAGAGGGAACCGGAGCCGACGCCGAAGACCGCCCCGGAACCUCCCGUGGCGUCCACCACAGCGUCCGUGUCCACUGGAACCACCACGACGACCACGACUCCUCUGAAGACCUCGGAGUCCAGUAUUCGCGAGGCUCCGGCCGUUCCCCAGGAGCCUCAUGGGGUUCCUCAGGGCUACCCUUAUGCUCAGUAUCCAAGGUAUUAUGACUACACCGACCCGAGGGCAAGGUCACUGGCUAACCCCUACGGGACGUACUUCCCGAGCGUUCCUCCCCACUCGGCUGGACCCAGACUCCCCGUGGACGGAGGGAAGACUCAGUCCGACCCCGUUAAACCCACCGAGGAGGGGACCCUGACGACUGCUUCGAGCAUUUACUCCCACGCUGCCGGCCCCGGCAUCAGCAAGGUACCCCUGGAACCUGCGGAAACCAAGAACACGGAUAUUACGAUCACAUCGGUCCCUGCUAGGGACGAGCCCCACGUCCCGACUGCGUUCAGCCAUCCGACCAACGCUCGGUACCCUGGACCGUAUCCUCCGGCACCCUAUGACCCGUACUCGCAGCACUAUCCACCUGCUCCUGGAUCUUCUGCGGCUUACCCACCUGCCGGUGCACCGGGGUAUCCGGCUUACGGAGGACCCACCUACAACACGGAGUACGCGCGAAUGUACUCGGCGUUCCAUGGACCUCCUCCAGCAGCUGACCCGUACAUGCACAGAGGAUACGCACCUCCGUCGUCGCAUCCGCCUAACUACUAUCCGCCGUUUCCGCAUCCACCGCCACCGUACCCGAAUUACUCGUUUCUGCCACCAUAUCCGAACCCCAACAUGCCAGGGGAACCUCAGCCCCCGACCCAGUAGGACGAACCUCCACCCGUGAGGGUUGUCGGUGGAAAAACUCGUCGAUCGUUGAAAUCCCUGCAGAGCCUCGCACCAGGUUCCGGGAGCUCCGUGAACAGGAGCCCGGAAACAACCCGAGGUCCCCGAGGGGUUCCUCGAGACCCUCGGUCGUUGCUCGCCGGCGAAGAGCAGUGACUUAGGGAGGUCGUUGCCCGGUUUCACCGAGUACACCCUACGUUACAUCAGCAAUACAGCUCGCGGUAGGAAGAACCGUCCGAUCCGUGAAGCUCGGUUUCUGGACGGGAACUCUGUUUUGGACCUCUUCCUAAUCGCCGCGAGUCCUCGGAACCGAGGUUCGUCCCCGGCGAUGUCUUCUCGUUCUCGGUACUUUUAAGAUAGUAGGCGGCGACCGGCGGUGUGACCCGUGUCUAGCUCUGGCUCACCCUGGAGAACGAGGUGUGAUAAAAGGGUCGCGUUAGGACGCGGCGAACGUUGCGUUCUCUCCGGUUUGUGAUAUGUAUGUAUACCCCUCGCGAACCAACGCGGACUCGUGGUUCUAGGUGUCUCUCGGCGGGGCUUCGCGGGAAGUGUAGAUUUUUCUAAAGGGCUCCUCUUAGGCGCUGAGCUUUUUACAUUGCUUCGAUUCGUUUAGAAGUUGCCAUUGCCUCCGAGGCGCGAUCGCCCGCCCCUCAGGGCGAGCAAUCCUUGCCGAGACGGGGGAGGACACCGUUUAAGAGGGUGAGAUGUUGCGUCGGUGGCGUAAUCGGGAAUCUCGCUGGUUUACGGCUUGCACCUGGACGCGACGUAGCUCGAAGCUCUUCUCGGCAUCGAGGGGCCCAUCCGAGAUCGGUCGAUCCAUAUUUAUAGCCUAUCGCCAGGAUUACGUCGGUUCUCCGCGUAUCCCGUACCGUUCGCCGCUGGGAAAUGGACAAAGAAAAGAAAGAAAGAAACAAAAAGGAUUAAGAUUUGUUUUUGGUUAAUUAAACGCGCCCGUACCGGAGGUAACGGCCGCGUCGGCAUUUUGCGCCUCUUCGCUAAGCGGAGCGUCGCAGAGACAGUACAGAGUAGCAAUCUACGUCGUGCAAUUAGUACCGAGACUAAUCAUGAUCCCCUACCCCGAAGCGCGCGAUCGGCGUUGGGCACGUUUUUACUUCUAAGCUUCGCCGGGGUCGCGGGUCCCCCCAUUGGCUUCGAUUUAUCCCCAGGCGGGCGUCGAAUCAUUGUCGGGCGCGUCCAACAGACUUUAGCCGUUUCUCUUCCCCACAUCUCCUUAUCGCAAUCCCUCGUUUCUCGUUCCGCCGUUAACUUCGUCUCGCCGUAGAUUAAUUCGAGCCCACUCGAGCAUCGCAUCUUCCACCGAGACCGUCUCCCCGUAGGGCGGAAGAGGCCGCGAGGGUGGGGAAAAAAGAAACAGGAAAUAAGGGACUUCCUCGCCUCGAGUCGAGCCAUGCCAUAGGGAACAUGUCGGGUCGGCCAUGUCGGCCCCCCUCCGCCCCGAGGAUUUUUUAUAUAAUGCAUUAUACGUACAGUAUUCACGCGAAAACAUUUAGCGACCGGUACCGGCAGUCUACACAGCAUCCUUAGCAAGUUGUAUAUGGACUACGUAUUACUUCUAAACGUUAACGGUUUUUAACGAUAAUUAGGUAAUAUUACGGUAGCAUGUAGGCUCGUUGUUAACUAGGGAUGUCCUUUGAUCAGUAGCCACCUUGGGACGUAGAUAUUGAGGAGGGAUACCCACGCGGGGCAGGGGAGCCGCGACUCGCCCGGGAUGGGCCGCGGGCUCGGUACUGUGAUACUUCGUCAUAGUCUUGCGCCCGCGAUUUUCGAUUUUGAUAUACUCUUUGUAAGGGAAGGGAGACGGAAAGGGAGACCACGAGGGCGUGCUUGAGGCGAGGGCCCCUUCGUUCCGUCCCUUCCCGCCGCCCUCGAACGUUCUCGCGGACCGACCGACCGACGGACACGUUAAGGGCACGCGACCCCCCUCGACGCUACGACGACGACCGCUUAUUUUUCGGAAUUUCGGCGCAAGGUUUUUCUUCGUAAAUUUUCUAUACGGCCCGCGGACCCGUCCCGCGGGAUCUCGACGCGCUCCCACGGAGUAUCGUAGUCGAAUUAUAAUUCUAGAGCGGUAAGCAUCGGCGCGCGCUAGGUAUAUAUAUAUAUACACAUAUAUAUAUAUUCUCAUCUAUAUAUACACAGUUUACUUCGUCCCUUAGGACGGAUGCGCCGCUUCUUCGCUUGCAGCGAGACAUCGGGGUAAAGGGCGGAAGGGAGGGCGAGGAGGGACCGAGAGGGAACAAAAAGAGGGUAUUUUGUCACUUUGAGUCGUGUAUUCGUUGUGUCGGCGCGUUUUAUAGGUUCUAAGUGUACAGAGACGAUUAAAAGUGACGUACGCGGCGUUAAACGAAGCUGGACAAUGCCUUCCGUUGCGAGCAAGCGGCGCAUCCCGUAUAUAUAUAUGGAUAUAUAUAUAUGGAUACAGUGGUGUCGCAAAGGGCGCUUAACCGUAUGAUAAGAUUAAAAUUGGAAAUGAUUAUUACAUUUUCUCUCUGUUAUGGUCUCUCCCCCCCCCCCGUCCUGCCUGGAGUCCCGCUUCCCCUCGCUACCGCCCCCUCACCUCCUCCUUCCCCCCCGUUUACAUAUUUGUAAAUACCCAUUAUUUACAUUUCAUACUUUAUUUAUUAUUAUACAUCGUCGCGAUUAUCGAUUGCUUUCUCGACGUCGGACUAGAUUGCUCUUGUGUAAAAUAAAAGUGAAAUUGUUUACAUCGAUCGAUUGAUUAUAUCGUUUUGAUCAUAUUGUUAGUUAUACACGGAGAGUCCAAAAGGGUAUAUAUAUAUAUAAAUAUAUAUAUUUUUUUGUUUUGUAAGAGGUUGAUGACGCGAACCUCCCCUUCGCUAGAACGACGAGUCUCGUCUUUGUAUUGAGAGGAGAGAAGGGGAAUGGAGAGGACACUGUGCAUGUAAAUGCUUUAGCGUUUAAGGAAUUAUCACGUCAAUGUCAGAUACCGUAUGACUGUAAUUAUUUAAACGGAGGAAAAAGGAAAAAGAAGGCAACUCGCGAGAUGGGGUCUCGUCCGAAUCGCUGAAUCCGAAUCUCCCAGUGUUUUACACAAGGUGGAAGAACCCUUUCGGAUUAUUUCGAAUCUUCUCUAUCUCUCUCUCUCUCUGUGCACACUAUGUGAACUAUACAUAUACAUAUUAUAUAUAGCACACAAGCUGGGUUUAUUGAAAAGUUAUAAUUAGCGAAUUCAUAGUUAAAGUAUUCUAGCGCAAUGACGAUUUUUCGUAUGUUUUACUUCUUUGAUUGUAAUUUUUCUAUAAACCGUGCUACGGUGUACGAGAAAUAAAGUGAUU